CACUCGAAACACGCAAAGGUACGCGCUCAUUUCAUCCAUGCAUCAACGCGUUGGAAAGUAUGCGUCUGCAGUUGUUCUUCGUCAUAUUGGGCACGUUUCAGGCUCUGUUUCGCCGCCCCCAUUUCCCCUCAGUGAGCCUCGUCUUCAAGUGCUACACACACACAUAUGCAUCUCUUCCUGGCGGCUUCUCAUGUCCCUCCCUGUCCUGGUGUGUGUCUGUUUCUCUUCAGGCCCAGCCCCGGUGCCAGUACAGUAGUCAGUGAGGAUGUUCAAUUUCAUCACAGACGCGGUCUUCGGGCCAGCCAAUGUCACGCCAGAGCAGGUCAAGGUCGCGCGGACCAAGUGGACCAAAGCAAGUACAGUAGGCACACGGACACGGACAUUCACUCCUGUGGAUGGUGCAUGGGAUGGAUGUAUUGAUUGAUUCGUUCGUUCCUUUGUGCAGUGGAGUCGUUGAAGCCCGAGGAGGUGGUGAAGCUCUACGCACCGCAGGCACUCCUACUCGGUAGGACUGACUCAUUAAUAACGACAGACACAUCCUCACAAUAUCCGGUGUGUGUUAUAAUCACACUGAUUGCAGGUCUUGAGCAGGAGGCAGAGACGGAGCGCUGCGUCGGGCGACAAGAUCCUGGAGUAUUACAAUGCAUUUGUCAAGGACAAGGUGCGGUCUGUGCGGUGUGCGCGUGGGUGGGCCACCAGGGGAAGACGGCUCAAUCUUUCUUAAUUGCCUGUCGCGUCUCAUAAACACACACAGAAGAGAGUGAAGGUGGAAUGGGCGGCUGAUGUGACGGCUGAGGACGUCAUCCACCUGGAGACGACCUCUGCCGUCUACUCGAGCUACUUCACCCUGUACACCGACAAGGGCGAGACGGGCGGCCUCUUGGGCGGCGGCGGCUUCACCAAGACACACGCCAAGGUCUCAUUCACCUACAAGAAAAAUGCAAACUCCGGAGACCUCGACAUACUCGUCCACGUCGCAGGCAGGCCGCCCCUUCCCUCCUCCCUCCUUUGCCUUGUGCACACUAAACAUGCACACGUGCUUUGCUUGUGUGUGGCAGGUUUGACGCCCCAGGGUGUGGAGAGAUACAGUGGCGAGUGGCCUGCGGACGACCCCGACGAGGUCGCGGAGCCAGAGCCCACCAAGGAGGAGGGCGAGGGGGAGGGGGACAAGAAGGAAGACGACAAGGCAGAGUGAGUGGGCUGAGCCCACACACCAGCGUGGCUCACACACAGACCGACAGGCAGAGACACCUCUUUCUGGGGCAUGAUGAUGUAUGCGUGUGGUGAUGGUUCUGCAGGGAGGACAAGGCCGGCGAGGGAGAGGAGAAGAAGGCAGAAGGCCAAGAGUAGCCUGCCUGUCUGCAAUCGACUUAUAAAUGGAUGGAUGGAUGGCCGGAUGGAUCGAUGGCUGGUCUUUUUCCUCUGUGCUCUCAAAGUGUGAGCAGAGCAAGGGCUGCCUCCUCGGCUGGCAGGUCAGGUUUGUCUGUG